GAUCACUUACAAGUGUAAUGUCAAAAGCUUUUGCUGACAAAUUAAAUCAGUUUAUUGAAAAACCAUGUAAUCUUUAUUUUUCUGAUAUUAAUGUAAAUGAUGCCCAAGGUUAUGUUAUAAUUGCUGAAGUUAGUUGGCUUAACAAAGUGAAGGGUAUUAUCGAUUUAAAAAAAGAACAAUUUAAAUUUACUUGGGAAAACAAAUCUUAUAUUUUACCUAUUACAUGUUGGGAAAAGCCACAAUAUAAUAAUAUGAGGAUGGAUGAAUAUGAAUCAUCUGAUAAUGAACUGGAGGAAUCCAAAGGAUUUUUAGUUAUAGGAAAUUCUGAUAAAAAACCUAUAUUUGAAAUCAAUAAUACUCAA